AUGGAUGAACAUGGGGGAAGUGCAGCUGCAUGCAGGUUGGACACCGCGUUGUCCCAGCGCAAGAAGCCGUCGGAGCAGUGUCUGCUGAGACUCAAACAGGACCUGAAGAACAUAUUCGACAACCCACUGCCGGGAGUGUUUGUUGAGCCCGAAGAGGGCAACAUCAACUACAUCCACGCCAUCAUCGUGGGACCCGACAACACGCCGUACCAGGGAGGCUACUUCCAUUUCGUGCUCAAGUGCCCCCUCUAUUACCCCACCUGUCCCCCACAGGUACACUUCAUGACGACAGACAGCGGAAGGGUGCGCUUCAAUCCGAACCUAUACAGCAGUGGGCUCGUCUCGCUCAGCGUUCUGGGUACGUUUCACGGCCCCUCGUGGAACCCGGAGAUGACCAUCCAGACGGUGCUGGUUUCGAUCCAGUCAUUGUUCAUCGAACACCCUUUGGCCAAUGAACCUCCACUGGGACGCGAGUUCGGAACUUGGCUUGAAACGACGACUGGUUACAACGCCAAACUGCGCUUCCAGACCCUAAGGGUCGCGAUUUGCGACGCACUUGAGGCUUGCCUCCUCGGCAACUCAUCGUACCCGCAGGUCCUGCAGCAGGCUGUGAUGAAGCAUUUUGUAGAACAAUAUGCCAAGUACGAAAUUGCAGCCUGCUCCCAACUUGGCGAUGACUCAAGCAUGGAGGAAUCUCAGCAGCACAGAGCGCUGCUCGAGCGACUGCAAGACUUAUAUGGUCGAAUACUGCAGAGGAACGCUAAUAUUUAG